AUGACAUCCAGGGUUGAAGACCAUGUUGCUCCAGAACACUCGACGAAUGCUGCGCCAGUAGCCCCUGGUAAGGCACGAAGACGAAUCUCGUCUGCAUCUUCCAGGGUCCUGGAAAGCUGUUUUGCGAGGAGGACUUUUCCAACAACACGAGAUUUUGAGAACAUACGACGUCAAACCACUCUCAGCAAGGCUGAUAUCAUUGAUUGGUUCGAGAAUGCUCGCCAGCGACGAAAAGUGGCAGUCACUAGACCGUCGACACCAUAUGUAGGGCCAAGUCGCCUUGGUGCGAUGGAUGUCCCGCAGCUCACUAAGCUGUCCUCUCCUGCCGAAUCAAUGGAUCCUCUCCAACGAUGGCGGAACUCUCCGCCAGAGUAUGAGCCAGCCAGUGUCUCUGCAAUUGCCCAGGCUGUGUCAGGGCUCCCAACUGAUUAUCGACUAACCGACGAUGUAUAUGCGACGAACUCAAGUUCUGCCAGGUCGUUGAGUGAAUGUUCAUCUGCCAGCAGUAUAGGCCUAUCGCAAUCUAGUAAGAAUUCGUCCGCUUCAGCUUUUUCUCACGGAACACCAGAAUCGAUCGCGCCUCCUCAAACCUCUACUAGGCGAAGGCGGCGAAGGGGACGUACUCAACGGCCAUUGGGCCGUGUUCAAGACACUCUUGGGCCAGCACGUUACACCUUUCAAUGCACAUUUUGCACCGAAACCUUUAAAACAAAACAUAACUGGCAACGUCACGAGAAGUCUCUGCAUCUGUCAUUGGAGCAAUGGAGGUGCUCCCCGCAUGGUGUUAAAUAUCAGACAAGCGAUGGCAAAGAUACCUGCGUUUAUUGUUCGGAACCAGGGCCUUCUCAGAGUCACCUAGCAACACAUAAUUACGGCGUUUGUCAAGAACGCCAUCCGGAGGACAGAACUUUCUAUCGAAAAGACCAUCUGCAGCAACAUCUGAAGUUGGUGCACGACGCCAAGUUCAAGUCCAGCCCUAUGGAGCAAUGGAAGUACGAGAACGAUGUCAUACGAUCUCGCUGCGGCUUCUGCGGCCUGACCAUGACUUCCUGGACUGACCGGAUCGACCAUUUAGCAGACCACUUCAAGGAGGGUAAAACUAUGGCUGAUUGGCAGGGUGACUGGGGAUUCGAGACGAAUGUCCUCGACAUGGUGGAGAAGUCCAUGCCCCCAUAUCUUAUUCACUACGAGCGAAACUCCCCUUGGCCCUUCACAACGACACAAGGGCCUGUGGAGUCACCAACAAGCGCUUAUGAUCUGAUUGGGCUAGAGCUCGAAUACUUCUCAACAAACUAUAUGAACACGUCUGAUCGGCCUCCUACAGACGAGGAGCUGCUGUAUGAAAGUUGCUGCAUUGUUUUUGGAGCUGAGAUGCUGUCACAUGAUUCCGAGACAACAACUCCAGGAUCAUCCUGGCUUCGCGAUUUACUCAUGUCGUCUGACAUCAUCACAAAGCAGGCACGGAUUCGGCCGAUGAGAAUCGCCGCAAGGUCGCGGAUUACACAGCUGAAGAUUUAUGGGAAGCGGACUGUUUUCGAAGGUUGCAUCCUGGAAGCUCAGCUUUUCGACUUCGUUGAAACUUCUCGGUCGGUGGUGACCAAUGUUGAGAAUGAGACUCUUCAAGAUGAGGCAUGGAACAUCGUCAGCCGCAUGGAAGCAUUGAAGCCUAAGCCUUCCCGUCUGUUUCCGGAAUUUUUAUUCCGAAUAAUUCAUCGGUCGUCCCACUGGCUGAACCUUUUCCGCCAACGCAUGAAUCUAGCCCCUGUGAAAGACGGCUGCCUCAACAUGGCCAGCGCCCCAGUCAUUGCUUCCAAUUCACCACACAACGUUAACGACCGAUGUAUAUCAGAUACUGAGCCUUUUCUUACGUCGUAUGACCAGUUAUCUCAUAUUUUAGCAGAGCCAACAUUGCCAGUCGCUACUGGAACAGGCCCUGUUGCUAUUUCUGUGACGCCAGGCUUUUUCAACGACAGCAAUUGCUAUAGGUAUCUGGCCAGAGAACUCACCCGAUUUGUGACACACACCACCUCCCCUCGAAACCCGAACUGUCACGUUCCAACAGACGAAGAACUACAAUACCAAGCUCGAUGGAUCAUGUAUGAUGAUGAUGAUCCGUGGAAUCAAACACCAGCCGAUAACCCUAGCUGGUUGCAGCACUUCAAACAAGAUGUUGGCCUGUCAUCAGCCCUUGCAUCAUGA